AUGUCGCUCCCCAAAGAUCGGCAAGAAGACACCCGCUCCAGCAUUACCUCAUCGGAGAUGCUACCAGAGAAGCUCAAGACUGAUGAGGAGGAGCUGGAAAUUGAAGAGGACCUCGAAAAUGGAAAGGCGGACAUCGAAGGCCAGCUGAGAUUUGAAGAGGAGCUUAAAACCGAAGCUGCGCAACAAGAGCAAAGACUGAACGAGAUCACCUACAUCAACGCAACGACUUCGCCUCUCCUCCUUCUCCCAGCCGAGAUCAGGAACAUGAUCUUCGCACUUGCUCUUGACCAUCAAGAUAUCAUGAUAAUCCGGGGGCGCAUAUACAGCAAAAUUAGAGCACCGGUCAAUCUGCUCCGUGUCUGCCGCCAAAUUCAUGCCGAGACUGCGCUUCUGCCCUACAAACUCAACUUAUUCGCCAUAUCAAACUGGGGCGAGCUAUUGGUGCCGUUCCUCCAGCGACGCACGCAAGCCCAGCUUGAUGUUAUGGCAGGCACGGAAGGUCUUCUGAUGACAGACGUUGCGGAUGAAGUGUUCGCCAUGAUGAACUGGCUUGAGUAUAGAAGGAUGUACAAGUUGGCAGCUGUGGGUAUCUUCAAGGAUAUGAACUCCACGUUAUUGGCGCAAAAUGAGGACUUCCAGCGCAAUGCGACAACCUCACCUCUUCUCCUGUUACCCGCAGAAAUCCGAAAUGUGAUAUUCGCCUACGCCAUGUACGAUGGAUCUAUUACAUCACUCACCUUCUCCAAAGGAUCGAGAAUGACAGGGCCCUCCUACGCGAAGCCUCUGCUCUUCGUUUGCCGCCAGAUCAACUGGGAGGCCGCCAUAGUACCUUAUAAACUCGGCACUUUCAUGAUCACUGGGCGACUCUAUGCAGAUCUCCGCGCCUUCUUACAGCGACGGACACCGGAGCAGAUUGCGGUCAUGCGGGAGGUCAAGUUUGACCACACUUCUACUGGAGCCUUCGAAGAGGGAUACUCCGCGACGGAAUGGAUGGAGUUGUUUUUUGGUCCGGAAAGGCUUUAG